AUGAAACCUUUCGCCCUUCUCGGCCUAGCCGCAGUGCCAUCGCUAGCCCUCAAUAUCCCUCCCAUACAGCAGCUUCUCUUCCCUGAAGCCGAUUUGUCGGGCAGUCAUUAUAACCCGCUAACAAACCCAUCUACACGGGAAACCUGUCCACAGCCACCCAAGGCCAGCACCCCUAAUGACGGGCUUCACUCGUCAAAUACCUUUCUCUCCGACGAUGCGUUCCGUGCUCGCCAGGCAGAGCGACUAUCGCGCGCGGUGCAGAUCCCAACUACCGUUGGUGAUUAUAUGCAAGACCCAUACGAUGAGGCAUUCGAACCUGUGGUAGAAUUCCAAUCGCUAUUGGAAGAGAUGUUCCCUCUAGUACAUGAGCGCGGCAAAGUUGAGCACAUUAAUCGCCUCGGUCUAGUCUUUACCUUUGAGGGCAUUGACCUGUCGCGCAAGCCGCUACUCUUUAUGGCCCACCAGGAUGUGGUCCCGAUCGACGACCCGUCAGACUGGACUCACCCGCCUUUCGCAGGUGUUUUUGAUGGCGAAUGGAUCUGGGGCCGCGGCUCGAGCGACUGCAAGAACGUUCUCAUUGGGUUAAUGUCCGUAGUCGAAGACCUGCUCUCGCAGGAUUGGAAGCCACAGCGCUCAGUGCUAUUUGCCUUUGGGUUCGACGAGGAAUCACACGGCUUCCUCGGCGCCGGAGCAAUCUCGGCAGCUCUAGAGGAAAAGUACGGCAAAGACUCUUUCGAGUUUAUCCUUGACGAGGGCGGAAUGGGGCUGCAGAGCCUGGGUGAUGAGUCUGACCUUAACGGCGAGAUCUUGUAUGCUCUCCCGGCUGUCGGUGAGAAAGGUAGUAUCGAUCUGAUCAUCGAUAUUGCUGUGCCUGGUGGUCACAGUUCUAUCCCGCCCGCGCACACCGGCAUCGGUAUUAUGGCGGAGAUUUUGUACGAGCUUGAGCGGAAGGAGCUGUUCCCUGCCUGGCUGGACGCCAAACACCCCGCCCACGGGAUGCUGGAGUGCCAGGCACGGUAUUCGCCCGAUCACGUUGAGAGUUGGCUAUCCGAAAAGCUGGAAGCGGAUGACCCGGCCGCUCUAGGCGAAGCGGUCGCCAGCUCCCGUGGUCCUGCGGUCCGCUAUACAUUGCAGACGUCGCAGGCGAUAGACCUAAUCCACGGUGGUGUCAAGUCAAACGCGCUGCCAGAGAAAACCUCAGCAGACGUCAACUACCGUGUCGCCUUGCAUCAAACGCCCGAUCAGGUACUUGAGCGUGCUAUCCGACUUAUCACUCCUAUUGCGAAAUCUCAUAACCUUACUCUGCGUGUUGCUUUCCCCGGUGUGGCGGAAUCCACAGAAGGAGAUGUGAGCGACCGCACUCUCACCCUGUCCCCUCUUAGUGUUCCUCUUUCCCCAGCUCCGAUUUCCCCGACAGAUCCACUCACGUCGAAAGUGUGGGCGCACUUUGCCGGAGUGGCACGUAGUGUCUUCGAGUCACACUCGAACCCGCUUUCCAAAUCUCAAUCAAAGCCGACUGUUGUUGUCACGGGAGACGUCAUGACUGGAAAUACAGACACCCGCUUUUACUGGUCUCUGUCGGAGAAUAUCUACCGUUGGAGUCCGUCGCGGGCUGGCGGAUCACUGAAUAUCCACACUGUGGACGAGCGGAUCCACUUGGAUGUGCAUCUCGAAGGCAUGAUGCUUUACUAUGACCUGAUUCGUUCUUUCGAUGCUUGGGAUGGAAAAUCUGAGUGA